AUGGUCCGGGACGCACUGGAUAGUUCCAACCACCAUUCUCCUGGCAUUUGUUGCCGCCUCCUGUUCACCAUCGGCCAUCAUCUAUUCUACACCUGUCUCCAAGGCACACCCGUCGACGAUGGAAUGUUCGCCCAGCAGUACAAUCUGGCCAUUGGCAGCGCCUUUGCAUUUCUUGUGCGGGCAUCAUUAGUACUUUCCAUUGGUGCAGUGUAUUGGCAGCUAUUUUGGCGCACGCUGCUGUCGAAAGACUUACCCCUGGAGACUGUCGACUCACUGACCAGCCUGCUCGGAUCGCUCGUCGACCUUCUUUUGCCCAGAAGCUGGGUGGGCAGUCCACUGUUGGUCGCCAUUGCGAUUGUUUCAUGGUUGAUACCAUUCUCGACAAUCAUCCCGCCCGCGACGCUUACUGUGCGGUUGAUUCCUGAUGUUGGACACAACCAGCAAUCCCUGAGAACGCCCAAUUUCUUGGCACGGUCCUUAGCCGACACAUAUUUACAACAGAGUGAUGGCGAUAUGGCGAAUGGGCCGCCUCGCGGCUAUUACGUCUGGAACACGUAUCACGGGCCAACAAACAACCUCGCCCGAACUGUGAGCAGCACUGCGUGCAGCGGAGAGCUCCCGAAACUGCCGUCUCCGGCUACCAAUGCAAGCUAUGUGCUGUCCUACAUAGCCCCCUCGCUCAGAUGUGAAGCCAUACCCGACUUCAUUCUGUCUGGUUUCGUUCUCAGCAUGGGCUGUGAUCCGAGUCUUGCGUUCGAGAGCGCUGAACUCUCCGACUCUUGCUACAUGUACGAGAGGCAGUCCGUCUGGAAUUACUUGUCGUGGGCACCGAACAGUACCGCGAAGGUUCCAUUUGAUAAUGGUUCCUUCUCCGGUGGCUCACUGCCGAUUAACGACGGAAGUCCUUCCUCAUUCCUGGGCAACUACGAGUCGUCUCCGGCAAACUUGUUCGUUGCAGUGCCUGGCAAUCUCUCCGAAGGCUGGAAAGUCUUGAACUGUUCAUUGUUCAAUGCCACCUAUAAUGUCAACUUCACCUUCCAAGAGGACGCCCAGAUGGUCAAGGUCUUGGACGUUAACAUCACGAAUCCAAUCUUACCCCUUUUCUCGAACGAUCGCCGUCGGAGCAACGUCAACAUCUCACAGACUGAUUUUAUUAGAUUCAAUGCUCAGUCCCUUAUGGAUUCACUGGGAUGCCUCAUGGUCGGGUCCGUUGCCACUGCCGACUCCACCUUCAGCUCCGAACAUGCUACCGACGGCUCCAUGGGAGUGGCAGAUGCGUUCACAACGGAGAUGUAUCCCAUUUACACUUCCUCUUGCGAUGCUCAAACAACUGGUUACUGCUCUGGAUCACAGUCUGUCACCAGCAGCACAGAAGCCUCGCCUACUUCGAAGUGGUAUCAACGACCAUUGGCAGAUGCUAUGGAGGAUCUGUUCCAGAACAUGACACUGUCGCUUUUCAGUCGCAGCGAGUUUUUGGGAGUUGCAGACGAAGCAUCAACGAACGUUACUAUCACCACAGUCCGAAACGUGUACGCUUAUAACAGACAACGUCUCUGGCUAGCCUAUGGCCUCGCUGUGGGUUUUUGCUUUGUUGUCCUCUGCGUUGGCUGUUUUGUCGUCCUUCGUGCUGGGGCAACGUAUAGUAAUAAAUUGUCUACUGUUCUGAGAGUCACAGGCGGAGACAGGGUGGACGUUGACAUUGAUCCGAACGACAGAGGAGGAGCCGAUCUUUUGCCAGCACAUUUGGAGAAGGCAAAACUUCUCUGCCCACUUGGAAGUGAAUCUUUCAAAGAGCUUGAUGAGCCUGGCGGCCCAAAGCAAGAGGAUUUCGCGGAGGCUGAAACGUCUGCGAUGAUUCAACGGCCGACAUCACGUCCAGAAGAGCUUUAA